UCUACGCAGUGUGGCGCCCGCUUCGUUACGUUGCUCCGUGCUAACACAUCUCCUUUGUUGUGAUUGACCGUUCAGCGGUUGUGAUUCUGCUGUAAUAACUUCUAUUCAGAAAGUCGCUCUUGAGAUAACUUACAGGAUGAGUGGCGGAGUGUACGGAGGCGAUGAGGUGGGAGCGUUGGUGUUCGACAUUGGCUCAUACUCUGUAAGAGCUGGCUACGCAGGAGAAGACUGUCCCAAGGCGGACUUUCCCACAGUGAUAGGUGUGACCCUUGACCGAGAGGAUGGCAGCACGCCCAUGGAGACGGACGGUGACAAGGGCAAGCAGAGUGGCACCACCUACUACAUUGAUACCAACCAGCUGAGGGUACCCAGGGAAAACAUGGAGGUCAUGUCUCCGCUCAAGAAUGGCAUGAUUGAGGACUGGGACAGUUUCCAGGCCAUUUUGGAUCACACCUACAAGAUGCACUUCAAGUCUGAACCCAGCUUGCAUCCAGUGCUUAUGUCAGAGGCAUCGUGGAACACACGAGCGAAACGAGAGAAACUAACAGAGCUGAUGUUUGAACAUUACAACAUUCCUGCCUUCUUCCUCUGCAAAUCUGCUGUGCUGUCUGCCUUUGCGAAUGGACGGUCUACAGGCUUGGUUCUGGACAGCGGAGCCACACACACCACAGCAAUUCCAGUGCAUGAUGGCUACGUCCUGCAGCAAGGAAUCGUCAAAUCGCCCCUGGCUGGAGACUUCAUGAGCAUGCAGUGUAGGGAGCUUUUUCAAGAAUUAAGUGUUGAAAUAAUCCCCCCUUACAUGAUUGCAUCAAAGGUAAGAUAUGAUUCAGUGCGGGAGGGAUCCCCAGCCAGCUGGAAGAAGAAGGAGAAACUACCUCAAGUCACCCGCUCAUGGCACAACUACAUGUGUAACUGUGUGAUCCAGGACUUCCAGGCAUCUGUGCUGCAGGUGUCAGACUCGCCAUAUGAUGAACAGGUUGCUGCACAGAUGCCCACAGUGCACUAUGAGCUGCCCAACGGCUACAACUGUGACUUUGGGGCUGAGAGGCUGAAGAUCCCAGAGGGGCUGUUUGACCCCUCGAACGCCAAGGGCCUGUCUGGAAAUACCAUGUUGGGAGUUGGCCAUGUGGUGACAACCAGCGUGGGAAUGUGUGACAUCGACAUCCGGCCGGGUCUGUAUGGCAGUGUGGUGGUGACUGGAGGAAACACACUCAUUCAGGGCUUCACAGACCGACUGAACAGAGAACUCUCCCAGAAAACCCCUCCGAGCAUGAGGCUGAAGCUGAUAGCCAACAACACUACAGUGGAGCGCCGGUUCAGUGCCUGGAUAGGAGGCUCCAUCCUGGCAUCACUCGGAACCUUCCAGCAGAUGUGGAUCUCCAAACAGGAGUACGAAGAGGGAGGAAAGCAGUGCGUGGACAGAAAGUGCCCUUGAUUUUGACAACCAAUCAUAACCCUCCUUGUCACAAGCUCAUCAUGAGUCAUUCACCUCUGACCCUGGACUCAGGAACACCUCUGGAUGAUCGCUCUUGUCUUGUAUGAUUUUGUUUUUAAAAAUAACUGAGUUUGUCCAUAUUCUGCCUGUCUGAUUUUCACAAUAAAUCACAGACAGUCAUAAACACCUACAAAAUAAACUGGUUUGCCUUAUCUUUAGGAUUGGUGUUUUGCAGAAACUUUGCAACUUUAAAAACUCAGUUUUCUGGAAUUGACAAAAGCUUGACCUUGCUACCUAUUGCCCAUGUCUUUGUCUCCACUUUAGAGUCUGACAUGGUCUGUGGGACAUUAAAUAUCAGCAUGUUGGUCCUACACUGGCACUGGGGGGAAAAACAAUGUGAGAAAUGCAAUUUGUUGUCCAAAGUUUCUGCAAAAUACUGAUGAGGCAAAAUUUGGGUGUGUGUAUUAAGAACAACCUUACAGUUUGGGGUGAAUGUCUUUGUCCAUACGCCGUUCUCUCUUUCUUUGUGUAGUAAGCUCAUCUUAGGCAAAGGCCAGUCAGUUCUCGCCUGUGCUUGAGUGUGAGUGUCAACUCAAAUCUGUAUUUAAUUUUCACUUUGCUUGUCACUGGCUACAUAUUGUCUUUUAAGAAUAAAGUCCUUUUUUGUUAAA